AACUACAUUUCCCUUGGUGCCGCGCGCGGCGCGGACCGGAAGUUGUGUCGCCAUAGCAACGGGACGCCAUGGGGCUGGACUACUACGCCGUGCUGGAGCUGGAGCGGGGGGCCACCGCCGACGACAUCAAGAAGGCCUAUCGGAAGUUGGCUCUGAAGUACCACCCACUGAAAUGCAAGGAGCCCUGGGGCCCCAAGAGGUUCCAGCAGCUGGCAGAGGCCUACGAUGUGCUCAGCGACCCUAUGAAGAAAGGCAUCUACGACAAAUUUGGGGAAGAGGGGCUCAAAGGUGGCAUCCCCUUGGAGUACGCGAGCGACAACCCCUGGAGCGUGGGAUACGUGUUCCACAACAACCCUGAGAAAGUCUUCAGGGAGUUCUUCGGAGGGGACAACCCCUUUGCAGAGUUCUUUGCCGAGGAUGGCUCGGAGGUGCUGCUGCCCUUUGGAGGGCCCCGGGGCCGGGGGGCCCUGCGGCGGGACCCCCCCAUCGUGCGGGAUCUCUUCGUGUCCCUCGAGGACCUGUUCCACGGCUGCACCAAGAAGAUAAAGAUCUCCCGCAGGGUGAUGAACGAGGAUGGGCAGACGAGCACCAUCAGGGACAAGAUCCUGACCAUUGACGUGCAGCCGGGCUGGCAGCGUGGCACCAGGAUCACCUUUGAGAAGGAGGGAGACCAGGGCCCAAACAUCAUUCCAGCUGACAUCACCUUUGUUGUGGAAGAGAAGCUUCACCCAAGGUUCAGACGGCUCGAGAACAACCUCCUUUAUGUUGCCAGCAUCUCCCUGGCAAAGGCACUGACUGGAUGCACCGUGGAUGUGUGGACGCUGGAUGGGAGGCUGCUGAACAUCCCCAUCAACGACAUUGUGCACCCCAAGUACUACAAAAGGGUGCCGGGGGAGGGAAUGCCACUGGCCCAGGACCCGCGGCGCAGGGGCGACCUCUUCAUCUACUUCGACAUCCUCUUCCCCAAGACGCUCAGCCCUGAGGUGAAAACACUCCUGAAGAGCAUCCUCCAGCCCUAGAGACAGUGACCUUCCCCCUCUCCCCGCUCUGUUAUCCCCCCAAUAAAGCUUUGGAGCCAGCACUGGGACUGAGCAGUUCUUUCAAAUGCUGGGAACCCCAAAACACAGGGUCACCCUGAAACAACAGCCCCGAGGCCUGGCCCAGAUCCAGGAGGUUUUGUGGUCUCUGCUCUCCAGCUCCCACCCUACAGCAGCAGCUCUGCAGCCCUGGGGAGCCGAGGGAGGUUUUGGGGUGGAUAGAGGGAGGCACUCGUGGCCAAGACCCUGCCCAGCAGUCUCAGUGCUUUAUUUUCCUGACCCACAAUCUGUCCCUGCUGAAGGUGAGCCCUGACAGCACUGGGAGAGGUCAGAUAACACCUGUGUUUUCCAGUGGCACUCCAGGGCUGGGAGAAUGCCCUAAAAAAAGGGGAGGAAACCUGUAACCUCAGCUCUCUUCAUAGAGAGCAGGCAGGCACAACUUCCCAAGGAUCUUUCAUGGGAAUUGCAGCGAGGAAUCUCAGAAAGCGAGAAGACAAUUCUGAUCUCUAUUCUCUGCUCCUGUUAUUUUGCACAUGUGGAAUGUGUUUACCUGAAAGGAAGAUUGUUUACCUGAAGGGACUUCUUAAUUGGAUUCAGCCGAUGGUUGUUAAUAUUAAUAUUAAUUGGC